AUGCGCCUGACCCACAUCUGCUGCUGCUGCCUCUUCUACCAGCUGGGCUUCUUGUCGAAUGGGUUCGUUUCAGGGUUGCAGUUCGCCACCGACAGCGAAGAGUGGGAAGUCGUGUUUCCUGCACUCUGGCGCCGGGAACCAAUGGAAACGGUGGGAGGCAGCGGGGGCAGCACGGACACCAGCUGGGUGCGAGGCCUUGGGGGUGGCGGGGGCGCCCGGGUGCAGGCGGCCGGCAGCUCUCGCGAGGUGCGCUCAGUGGCCCAGGCACAGCCUGAGGAACCCUUGAAGGGCCAGCCAGAGCCCCAGUCCACGCCGCCGCCGCCGGAAGGUGAGGAGGACGAAGAUCUCGAGUCGCAGGAGCUGCCUCGUGGAUCUAGCGGGGCUGCCGCUCUCUCCUUGGGCGCCCUGGCCUCGUGGCAGUCGCCACCGCUUCCACAGCCGCCUCCAUCCCUGUCCCCGGCCCAGGAUGCUGAGCCUGACAGUGACGAGGUCCUGCUGAGGAUUCCGGCCUUCUCCCGGGACUUGUACCUGCUGCUGCGGAGAGACGGCCGCUUCUUGGCGCCGCGCUUCGCGGUGGAACAGUGGCCGAGUCCGGGCCCCAGCCCAAGCCCCACGGGAGCAGCUUCAACCCCACGCCCUCCCUCGCCGCAGAACUCCUCCUGCUUCUAUACCGGAGUGGUGCUGCAGCACCCCGGCUCGCUGGCCUCUGUCAGCACUUGUGGAGGUGGCCUGAUGGGAUUUAUACAGAUCAAUGAGGACUUCAUAUUUAUUGAGCCACUCAAUAACACAGUGGCCAUUACAGGUCACCCACACCGUGUGUAUAGGCAGAAAAGAUCCAUGGAAGAAAAAGUCAAAGAGAAGUCCGCUCCUCACAGUCAUUAUUGUGGUGUCAUUUCAGAUAAAGAAAGACCUAGGUCUAGAAAAGUAACAGAAAAUGGAAGAGGGAAACGCUAUUCAUACAAAUUACCUCAAGAAUACAACAUAGAGACUGUAGUGGUUGCUGACCCAGCAGUGGUUUCUUAUCAUGGAGCAGAUGCAGCAAGGAGAUUCAUUCUAACCAUCUUAAAUAUGGUCUUUAACCUUUUCCAACACAAGAGUCUUGGUGUGCAAGUCAAUAUUCGAGUGAUAAAGCUUAUUCUACUCCAUGAAACUCCAUCAGAUCUGUAUAUUGGACACCAUGGAGAGAAAAUGCUAGAAAGUUUUUGUAAGUGGCAACAUGAAGAAUUUGGCAAAAAGAAUGAUAUUCAUUUAGAGGUGUCAACAAGCUGGAUGGAAGAUACAACUUCAGUGGAUGCAGCUAUACUUAUAACGAGGAAAGAUUUCUGUGUACACAAAGAUGAGCCAUGUGAUACUGUUGACUUUCAUUUAUUUGUGGUCAGGGAUCCUAUGUCUCCAGAACAUAGCAUAAUGCACAUGGGCAUUAAUCAUGAUAAUGAUCACCCAUCAUGUGCCGAUGGCCUCCAUAUCAUGUCUGGUGAAUGGAUUAAAGGACAGAAUCUUGGUGAUGUUUCCUGGUCUCCAUGCAGCAAAGAAGAUUUGGAAAGAUUUCUCAGGUCAAAGGCCAGUAAUUGCUUGCUACAAACAAAUCCCCAGAGUGUCAAUUCUGUGAUGGUCCCCUCCAAGCUGCCAGGAAUGACAUACACUGUUGAUGAACAAUGUCAGAUUCUCUUCGGACCAUUGGCUUCAUUUUGUCAAGAGAUGCAGCAUGUUAUUUGCACAGGGUUGUGGUGUAAGGUAGAAGGUGAGAAGGAAUGCAGAACCAAACUAGAUCCACCAAUGGAUGGAACUGAUUGUGAUCCUGGUAAGUGGUGUAAGGCUGGAGAAUGUACAAGCAGGACCUCAGCACCUGGACAUCUGGCUGGAGAGUGGAGCAUGUGGAACCCCUGUAGCCGAACCUGCAGUUCUGGGAUCAGCAGCCGCGAGCGCAAAUGCCCUGGGCUAGGUGAAGCAAGGGAUUGUAAUGGUCCCAGAAAACAAUACAGAAUAUGUGAGAAUCCACCUUGUCCUGCAGGUUUGCCUGGAUUCAGAGACUGGCAAUGUCAGGCCUUUAGUGUUAGACCUGCGUACUCAAAGCCUGUGCUUCAGUGGCAAGCUGUCAUAGAUGAAGAAAAACCAUGUGCCCUGUUUUGCUCCCCUGUUGGAAAAGAACAGCCUAUUCUUCUGUCAGAAAAAGUGAUGGAUGGAACUUCUUGUGGCUAUCAGGGUGUAGAUGUCUGUGCAAAUGGCAGGUGCCAGAAAGUUGGCUGUGAUGGUUUAUUGGGAUCUCUUGCGAGGGAAGAUCAUUGUGGGAUAUGCAAUGGCAAUGGGAAGUCAUGUAAAAUCAUUAAGGGAGAUUUCAAUCAUACCAGAGGAGCAGGCUAUGUAGAAGUGCUAGUGAUACCGGCUGGAGCACGAAGAAUCAAAGUUGUGGAGGAGAAGCCUGCACAUAGCUACCUAGCACUCCGAGAUGCUGGCAAACAGUCUAUUAACAGUGACUGGAAGAUUGAACACUCGGGAGCAUUCAACUUAGCAGGAACAACGGUCCAUUACCUCCGACGAGGCCUCUGGGAGAAGAUCUCUGCCAAAGGUCCUACUACAACACCUUUACACCUCCUGGUGCUGCUAUUUCAAGAUCAGAAUUAUGGCCUUCACUAUGAAUACAUUAUCCCAUCAGAUCCUCUUCCAGAGAACCAGAGCUCUAAAGUACCUGAGCCCCUAUUCAUGUGGACACAUACAGGUUGGGAAGAUUGUGAUGCCACCUGUGGAGGAGGAGAAAGGAAGACAACAGUAUCCUGCACAAAAAUCAUGAACAAAAAUAACAGCAUUGUGGACAACAAGAAAUGCAAGUACUUAACCAAGCCUGAACCACAAAUUCGAAAGUGUAAUGAGCAACCAUGUCAAACAAGAUGGAUGAUGACAGAAUGGACACCUUGUUCACGAACUUGUGGAAAAGGGAUGCAAAGCAGACAAGUGGCCUGCACCCAGCAACUGAGCAAUGGAACUCUGAUUAGAGCACGGGAAAGGGACUGCACUGGGCCUAAGCCAACCUCUGCCCAGCGUUGUGAAGGCCAAGACUGCAUGACGGUGUGGGAAGCAGGAGUGUGGUCUGAGUGCUCAGUGAAGUGUGGUAAAGGUGUACGUCAUCGGACCGUGAGGUGUACUAACCCAAGAAAGAAAUGUGUUCUCUCCACCAGACCCAGGGAGGCUGAGGAUUGUGAGGAUUACUCGAAAUGCUAUGUAUGGAGAAUGGGUGACUGGUCUAAGUGCUCCAUUACCUGUGGUAAGGGAAUGCAGUCCCGGGUUAUCCAGUGCAUGCAUAAGAUCACAGGAAGACAUGGCAAUGAGUGCUUUUCUUCCGAAAAGCCUGCAGCAUACAGGCCGUGUCAUCUCCAGCCCUGCAAUGAGAAGAUUAAUGUAAAUACAAUCACAUCACCCAGGCUGGCUGCUCUGACAUUCAAGUGUCUGGGAGAUCAGUGGCCUGUGUACUGCCGGGUGAUACGUGAGAAGAACCUAUGUCAGGACAUGCGGUGGUAUCAGCGCUGCUGUGAGACAUGCAGGGACUUCUAUGCCCAGAAGCUGCAGCAGAAGAGUUGACCCCAGGCAGAAUGACUGGCUUACAGCUCUUUGCAGUUACAUUAUUUAUAAGCUCACAUAUAAGCAUGUUUUUUUCAGACCAAAUGUUAUCAGAUUGCAUAUAAUUUAAUCAAAUUAAUUUAUUUUUGCCAGGUGCCAAACAUCAAUAUGUUGUUUGUUUUGGUCACGCAACAUCUUGAUUUACCCUACAUGAAUUCAUAAAGAAUUUCAUUUGAAUAAAUUGGACCAAUUUAUUGGAAUAAGUUGAAAACAGAAAAGAAAAAACCCCGCAAGAUUAUUAGACUUCCAAAAUAUUUCUUUUUUUCAAGUUAGUGCUAUCUCUAAGGUGCUAUUCUCUCCUUGCAAAUACUAUUGAGUUACCCAGAAUGUAUACUAAUUUAGAUUAAUAGUUUAGUAAUAUAUGGAGAGAAUAUUUGUGUGUGUGUGUGUGUCCUGAUGCAGAACUAGCCCAUUUUCUGUAAUCUGUGGAAUAUAAGUAACCUCAUACUGUUGAAAAGUUUACCAGAAAAGUGUAUUGUGAAUUUGGUUCAUAUAUAGAAACAUCAAUAGGAAAAAUUAUACUGUAACUAUGUCCUUAUUUUAAUAAUGGAAAAGAAAAGUCAAAAUAGAGUCUGAUCAUGUUCAUGAACAUGUACUUGAACACAAGUAUUGUAACAAUGAAACACUGUAAAGAUUUACACUGAAUCACCAUUGCACUGUUGAUAUAGUGUAGAGAAACCAUUUAGAAAUGGUAACAUCUUACAAAAAUAUGUAUUAUUUUAACAUAUUGUCAUUAGAUUUUAGCUUUAAAAAAUGAUGUUUUUUUUAACAAAAGACAUUGAUCCAUCCAUUUCCUUGUAUCUUUUUGCAGGGUUUUGAAAGAGUAUAGUAUUUAGCCUCACAAAUGAUUAAGAGAAUGUUUAAUAAAUAUUUUGCAGCCUUUUUUUCCUUAGAACACAGCAAGACAAAAAACAUGAAACUGUAGUAAUUUCACUGUGUUUAUUCCUUUUUAAAAUUAAGAAGGUUUUACAAUUCUGUGAAAUGUU